CGACGCUAUCUGCAACUGAGAGCCCUCACCGACUCGCCCUCUGUCUGCGCCAAUCGACCUCAGGAGCGUCCCGCAUGCGCUUGCUUCAACUCUGCGACUUUGACGAUAUCCGCUAUUCCCGCUCGGCACGAUCUGCUCAUCAUACGAGGUUCGCCGAUGCGAUCAAAGGAGAACUCAAGACACCCGACCGAUUGGCCUCGAUCUCACUUGCGGACGCCUGUACACCCUUGAGGCGAUUGAUCAAAAACACGGUUGAACCCGUUCGACCACAUUUGCCUGCAAGAAGAUUGCCUUUCGAGCACUUUCGAACAUUGCCAGUAUGGUCAAGGCCGUCCCAACUGGCCCGCCGCCUGGGCCCGGCAUAUACAGUGCCACAUACAGCGGCAUUCCGGUGUACGAAUUUCAGUUCGGUGUCGACCUCAAGGAGCAUGUUAUGAGACGGAGGCAGGACGAUUGGAUCAAUGCGACGCACAUCCUCAAAGCUGCCGGCUUCGACAAGCCUGCAAGAACCCGAAUCUUGGAGCGCGAAGUGCAGAAGGACACACACGAGAAGAUCCAAGGAGGCUACGGAAAGUAUCAGGGCACUUGGAUUCCUCUCGAGGCUGGCGAGCAGCUUGCCCACCGGAACGAUGUCUACGAGCGCUUACGGCCAAUCUUUGAAUAUGUCGCUGGAAGCCAAAGCCCACCGCCUGCCCCUCGUCAUACGAGUAAACCAAAAGCGCCAAAAGUCAAGCCUUCUGUACCGAAAUGGCCAGUCAAAUCCGCCCCGGCCCCACGCGAUGAUUUCGAUGCCACAAGUCAACAGUUUGAAGACGACACGCCGGAUAAUGUCACCGUAGCUUCAGCCUCGUACAUGGCGGAAGACGAUCGCCACGAUUUGUCACAUUUCUCGACGGGCCACCGCAAGAGAAAGCGGGAAGAGACUAUUCAUGACCUGACGGAGCAACAACACUCGGUCUACGGCGACGAGUUACUUGACUACUUCCUCUUGUCCCGUCAAGAUGGCGCUACAUUCCGACCAGAGCCACCGCCCAACUUCCAGCCUGACUGGUAUAUCGAUUCCGAGAAGCAUAGCGCAUUACAUUGGGCAAGCGCUAUGGGUGACGUUGAUGUCAUCAAGCAAAUCAAGAGAUUCGGCGCCACUCUUGGCUCGCAAAACUGCCGUGGCGAGACUCCUCUGAUGCGUGCUGUCCACUUCACGAAUUGUUACGAGAAGCAGACGUUUCCUGCGGUCAUGAAGGAGUUGUUCGAGACGAUCGACGCACGCGAUCAUUCUGGCAGCACUGUAAUUCACCACGCCGCCAUUAUGAAGAGUGGUCGUAUUACCAGCCACUCGUGCUCACGGUACUACCUUGAUUGCAUCCUGAACCGACUGCAAGAGACGCACGAUCCGAACCUGGUGCAGCAACUCAUUGAUGCACAGGACAAUGCCGGAAACACCGCGUUACACCUUGCAGCCAAAACUAACGCCCGGAAAUGCAUACGUGCAUUGCUUGGCCGCGGGGCUUCAACAGACAUCAUCAACAUGGAUGGUGUUCGUGCAGAGGAGCUGAUCCAGGAGCUCAAUGCCUCGAAAGGGCCCAAAGAGCGACUGCCACAGCGGUCGUCUUCACCAUUUGCACCCGAUUCACAACGUCACGUGUCGUUUCGGGAUGCACUCAACGACCCGAUUCCUAGAUCUACGGUCGUGUUCAACUCUGAAGCAGCCAAUACCGUGCAGAACUCGAUAAUGCCUCUUAUCCAGCAAAAGUUCGACGACCUGACACAAAGCUUCGAGGAAGAGUGGAAAGAAAAGAGCGAGGCUGCGAACGAGGCUCGUCGUAUAUUGGGCAAUACGCAAAACGAACUAUCCUCAAUCCGGCAGCAGAUCGCAGAUAUUGAAGCCGAGCUCGAGUCCGAGGAGGUCACCGCUAAAGCACUCUCUGAUGCCAGUGUCGCUCAAAUGCAACUGCAGACCAUUCUGGCGAGUCAAAACCGAUUUCACGUGGAAGCCGCUGUUCAGCAAAAUCUUGCUAUGAUGAAUGGGGAUGAUGAGGAUGAUUCAGCCGAGGAACAGUUACGAUUGGCCCAGGAGCUUGGCGCUCUCAUCAAAGAACAGCGGCUGCUGGAGGAAGAAUAUGUCGAAGCACUCAGUCUAGCAGGGACCGGAGAGAAGAUCGAUAAAUACCGACGUCUUCUAAAGCAAUGUCUAGAUCCCGAAGCGGCCGAAGCGCUGGAUGAAAACCUGGACGAUCUCAUCGACAUGAUGGAGGAGGAACGAAGCGAAGCUCCCGUCAUCAUGAAUGGCCACCCGGAGCCGAUGAUGAUUGGGUAGGCACAACCAUGCUGAAACCAUUGUGGCUGACCGAGCUUUGGGGCUCUAGACUGGCUGUCCUUAUAAAAGCUAGGCUUCUUCUUCUUCUUCUUCUUCUUGGUUCGAUAUGGCGUUGUGGCUGAUCAACGGAAGUAUGGUCUUAUGGACAUUUUAUUCUUGGAUGGUGUUUUUGGUGUCUAGGAAGGCCCGGCGUGUCAACUUUAUAUUGGGGUAUAUCAUAUAAUUUUCUUCUUUGCGGCAACGCCACAAUACAGUCUUGCCGAACAGCAUCAUCAUGCGAGCAGGACCGGAUGUCUCGCAACUUAUCUCAGUCAUCCGUGCAUGAGCAUUAAUAUAGG